UCGCCCGUCGCUCCUGCCUACAGCCCUAUCACACCCAAAGCCCGCCCCGCCCUUCCCGUCAACGAUAGCAUCAACAACGACAACGUACCGCCUGCCUUUCAGCAGAUCCCGCCAAAGCCGGUGCAGGAGCAGCCGGUGAACGGCCCAGUACCAGCAACAGUGCCGCCUGCCGAGUACAUUCCCCAACCACCAAAUCUACCAUUUUCGAGUAAAGAUGCGACAGAUGCAGUGGCGCUGAGGGCGGCAAUCUCCACUCUGCAAUUCCAGAAGCAGAAGGCACAGGAUGACAUACACAUGCUCGAGAAAGUCAAGAAGCUGGCGCUCGACGACCCAGAGUAUUUCAAAGAGGAGCUUGCAGCAGGUAGACUGAAAGAGCAGAGGCCGAAGAUGGGAGACUUGCAGGCCAUUCUGGAUGCGCCAGAGGAUGGAGACAGCGAUGACGAGCAGUCCUCCCGCCAACCACCGUCGACCUCUCGUGCUCAAUCAUUCCCACGGAUACCUGGGCCACAAGACGUGGUGCGAAUGCCGCACAUAAACUGGAACAAGUACGGAAUAGCAGGAGAGCCACUGGAGACCAUGCACGAGCAGCAGAAGAAAUGGCCUGGCAGCACACAAGGCUAUGGCGUGAGCAGAGGUCGAGAAUAUGCUGUCGCAGCACCGUACAGUCCAUUUCACGACCAGAUAGACGCA